AAUGCAUUUAUAGCCGUUCGAAUAUUAUCACGUUCAAUGAAAUUGACCACUACUACAGAUGAUGGUCAAUCUUGAAUUUGUUAGUAACGUAGAAGAAUAAAAAUGACGCACAUUCAAACACACCAAACAGUAAAAGGUUAUAAAUCAGUUAUUAUUGAUUCCUCUAAGAUCACUUCGGCAUGCGGUAGCUCCUUCAGGUGUAAGAAUUUUAACAAAGAACAUACAGGUCCUCUAAUGUAGAGGGAGAGGUUAAAAUUUACAUAACUAUUAUUAGAUAGUUCGAUAUUGAAGAUAGAGGAGUAGAGUCUAGGGCAGAGGAACUGACCCCUCUUCCCAUUUGCCAAAAUUAGGUGUUAGCAAUCGGCCCAGAGCUCAUAGACCUCACAAUCUUCCUGAAAGCUGAAAUACUUCCUAAAUAACACGUAAGGGUCAUCAACGGCGCGCACGAUCAAGAUAGAUUCGGAAUUCGGAUGAGAUGGGGAGAGUAUCACUACGCCACUGACAGGUACUAGUGGGAAUGAAACAACCGAAUGUUUUGCUGCAUUUUGUAAGCCCUCUGAAAUCUGAAAAACUUCCUCGACAACACGUAGGGGCCUUCAACGGCGCGCUAGAUCAAGAUAGCUUCGGAUUUGGGUUGAGGUGGAGGGAGUAUCGUUACGCCACUAGUAGGUACUAGUGGGAAUGACAACCAACAACAGAAUGUUUUACUGUAUUUCGUAAGUCCCUUAAAAUCUGAAAAACUUCCUCAGGAAAACGUAAGGGUCAACUGCUCGUAGGAUCAAGAUACAUUGGAAUCAAUAAUAACUCAUUCAUGAAGAAAUUCCAAAGGAGUCCGAGUAAAGUGUGGUGGGGAGAAGAAGCGCUGAACUGGUCUCAGAGAUCGACCUCUUCCAGUUCUGGAAGUCAAGAUUCGGGAUUUUCGGAUACGGAAACGUCUUCGGGGCACCUCAAGAAACGCGAACCUAGCCCUGGCCAACCUAGCAACGGCGAAACUUCUAAUCAGUUCCGCAAAGACAUAUUAAAGGACAUAACAUCAUCUCAGAACUUAUCGUCAAAUUUUAAAGAAAAAUCCACCCCCAAGAAGACGUCACCAUUCUACACACAAAAGAAAGAGAACAAUCCGUCUAACAGAUUCUCGUCCAUUGAAGAAGGCGAAGACCUAGCAACAACAGCAUGUGCAUGCAUUUCGUCGAAUAAGCACGUGGUUGAAACAGAAGUCGUUAACAAUCGAGUGAACAGAAAUUUAUUUAAAAAUCUCGACGCGAAUGAAACGGCACGCGACUUGAAUGUCGAAGAUGAUUCCUCUGAAUUCUCGGAACCAUGUGACAAUAACAAUCGAACUGUAAGUGACCACGACGAAAUUCCUUUACAGUUUAGUGAGUGUAGCAUUGACAACGUUGACGGGUGUAAGACGUACCCUUUUUUGUCCGUAUCACCGUACGUUUUGCAAAAAAACAAUUCGGCACCCGCGCUCAUUGACCAUCCGGAAGUGACUGAGCCAGUUUCCAACUCGCUCAGAAGGAGCAGCUUGUCGAGUAGCGAUGAAAGUGAAUUGGAAUUACUUUUUAAUGAAAAUUUAUUAGGCUCUCCGAAACACAGUUCGACACCGAAAGGACAAUUCCGAAAGGAAGAGAGCAUGAGGCACAGGAGGGCCAAGCACCUUUAUCAAAAGUAUCAGAAUGAAAGAAUUUUACGUAGACGUAUGCGCUUCGAAAACGAAAAUGCUUCCGUUCAAAAAUGGUUAGAAGAAGUUCGCGAAAUUUAUGAUCCGGAAUGUAUGAUAAUGCUGCAGUGUAAAUCUGUAGCUGGAGAUUUAUCACAAAAAGUUUCACAUCUUGCAAAUAUGCUCACCUGUCCUUUACGAAAGCUUUUGUAUAUGGGCGAAAAUAUCGAAAAAGAAUUCGACAAUAUAAAAAGCCAAAGCCACUAUUCUGCACCACUUGCACAAAGUCUAACUGGUCACAUAUCAGAAUUUGCUUGCAAUUUCGUGGAAGGUAAUAACGAAUUAAUUAUAAAGUGCGAAGAAAUUAGACGUGCAACUCUAGAAGAGUUACCUUCUCUAACCGAUAACUUGUACUCUAAUUGGAACUUAAUUUUUCAAGAAAUACUUGUCAAAUACCUGAAAAAAUUAGUAUGUUACUUAGAAGAUCCAAGAUCAGAACUCGAACUACGAGCGACAUUGACAGCUGUAACGUCGUUGACUCUACGCAACGAAUCAUUCGCUGAAAUAUUUACAUCUUGUGAUACCAUUUCGACGUUGUGCGUUCUGUGUGAAAAAUGCGAAGGAUCAACCGUCAGGGCUUUAGUGUUAAGAGCCUUAUCCACAAUAUGCAACAACAGUCCAGCCUUAAAACAAUUUGAAAGAUGUUCUGGGAUUCAGAUGAUAACAGAAAUUCUGACUGAAGAUUCAAGACCUGAACCGGAAAGGGCUGAAGCUUUAGCCUUACUAGCUCAAGCUACCGCCCCGUGGAUAGAAGACAAUCGAAAUUUAAAAACCCUCUACGGUCAUAUCAAACCGCUUGUAAAAGCGAUAACACAUUUCAUUACAACCACGAGAUGUUGUCAAAAUUUGUUACUUUGCGCAGCGGCUUUGGCAAACAUUUCUUCACUAGAACCAAAAAGUAUUAAGUAUAUCCUGAACCAAAAUUCGAUCCGUUAUCUUCUGGAAUGUAUUAAAGAAAGAGGUCCCGAAGUGUCCAUAUACAUCCUCGAACAAAUCGCCAUAAUUUUAGCCAACGUUUCGUCCAAACAGGAAGCUAGGGAACAAAUGAUAGAAGAAAACGUGGUGAGGAUUCUUUUGUACUUCCUGCAGGCUACUUCCGAUGAUAAAUAUGCCGUCCAAAGAAUACAACAGAAAGCGAUAGUAGCACUCUCUAGGCUAAGUGGGAAUAAGAAGGCUGCAGAACAACUGGUUGAACAGGGAGGGAUAUCUAAGUUGGCGAAUCUUUGUAGGGAUAAAGAAAAACGGUACGACAGUGAUGCAGUUCUUGUAGCAGCUCUGGCAACUCUCAGAAAAGUUGCUGAGAUAUGCGGAACUGCUACCAUUGGUGACGAAGAUCUGCAAGAAUUGGUGCAGCCAAGGCUGCUUGAUUCAUUUUUAACUUAUUCAGCACAAAACGAAAGCUACGUGUAAUUAUUUAUAUAUUUUCAUACAAAACCUUCAUAAAUAAACGCGUGUGAUUAAUUGUGUGUUCGUUAAAGAAAAUAGAAUAUACUCUUACAUAUAUACCUAUUGGUAUGUAUGAUAAUGCACAAAUAUGUACAUACUAAUAAAUAUUU